CGUGUAUCUGCCCUGUAAUCGUCGCGAUAAUCAUUACCCACAUCGCUCCGGUGUUGACAAGGAGGCACUGUGUCUCAUGAGAGUGUCAUGCCCCGGCCGACAGACACGUACACACACAGUCAGUUUGAGCAAAUCGACAGUGUCAAUUUAGGAGGGACCGUUCAGUGCAUUCAUUGCAGGCGCUGGCAAGGAAGCGCCAGAGUUCUAAAUCGCAAGAAGGCGCAUCUCCAGAUCUGCCCGGAAUACACAGCGUGGAGGGCCGCAGGGAACGGUCAAGAAUUGGCCCCGCCGAAUUCAUACAACGCGACUGGCAGACGAGCAAUCGGCGACUCUUACGAUGUGGACAAUUCGUCUCCUCCUCCAAGAACAAGUUCUACACCAACAAUGCAGCGACCACGAUGGACGGUAAAUGUGAGCAAGUAUUUUGACGAAUUCUUCGACGAUAGUCUUGGUCAUAAGUGCGCACGAGUGCGAUGCCACAGCUGUGGCUUCGUACGAGCGAAGAAUGCUACCCGACAGGCAGAGCAUCUGAUUCAAUGCAAGGAAUUUCUGUCAACCGCUGAAGGUGCAGAGCUGUUGACAAGUGGGACCCUCGCUCCCAACGAACAGCAAAAUGAGAAACCACCCGCCUGGAACGGUGCAAAACCAAACCCUGAUCUGCUGAUCAAUCGCCAUGGUCCAAAUCGUUCUUCUAAUGGAAUGACACCCAGUGAUCCUGGUCCGAGACCGUUCCUACCUCAAACAGCACAGUCUGCAGAGGCGCCUUCAUUAGCUCAAUACCUCCUAGUUCAUAACGAAGCGUUACUGACGAGCGCUACUCAUCACACCUUCUUGUCACAUGCGGGUUGUGGAAUGCUUACUGAGAAUGCUCUCAAUGAGUGGCUAGCGCAGAUUGGGUUUAUCUCACGAUCACUUGUAUCGUUUACCGGAGCACUUAUAGGUAAGAUCCGAAUACCGGAAACCGCCAAUCUAGAACGCGAUUCAACGUUCCGGUGUCUGGACUUACUGUGCUCUGCGGUGAGUAAUAUGAAGAAGGAGCUGGAUUUUCUUGAUGCUACUAAGCGCAAGUAUGGAUUGGGGGUGAAUUUUGACGAACCGAAACCACCUACCAAAGGAUUCGUCGAUCUUUUCAAUAGCGCUUCAAGUCCUUCUGCAACACUGCUUGAGGGCAUGGUAGUUCUGUGGGCCAUUGAAAUUCUAUUUUACAAUUCCUGCUCCUAUGCAGCCACAUUCAUCACCCGAACCACGCCAACACCACAGCAAAACUCUUAUUUCUUUCCUUCUUACUUUCUACCAUCAGGCGCACCCGCAACCUCCUACGGCGGACAAGCAACACCAAGGGAUGGCCACACCACUGCCCUCCGCGAAGCAGUCAUCGAAAACUGGAAAUCAGAAAACUUUGGCCGCUUCGUAGAUGCAUGUAGAUCAAUCGUCGACGAGCUCGCUAUGGUUCAGACAACAGGCAACGGCCGAGCGGAAAUGUCAGCUUGCGAACGUGUCUUCAAGCAAGCCAUCUGGCUAUGGGGUCAAAUAUUUCCCGAAGUCAUAGGCAUGGAGCAGUUGGAUGACUUGAAUAAUGGGCAGAACCACAGAGACAAUGGAGACAACGGCGCGAUAAAUAGGAAUGGGUCGGCUGAUAAACCCGUCGAGGUUGACGAUGAAGAUGAAGCCCAUACUUCUACUGAUUCAUCGUAAUCUUACCGAUGAUGCUGUCGGAUCCGCAUCUUCAUUAUUGCUAACUCAAUUUGGGAGUUAAGUGGACUGGAUUUGGAUCCAUCGCUGCGGCGAACCGAUCAAGCUGAUGCGCAGGGAUACAUUUGCACGAGGUAACAACAAGGCGUUUCGUCUGGGG